AUGUCGAGUGAAGCCCAGAGGACUCAAAGUGAAGAGGACAGCUCUGGAUCUGAUUUAGGGUCAGAGGUAAAACUGAGGUGUCAGAAGGGAAUUCCAGACUCGCUCCGAGCAAAGUGCUGGCCACUGCUGUGUGGAGCCAACGACCGGAUGAGACAAAACAAAAACCUCUAUGAGUCUUUAGAUUCACAACCAGGUCUUCAGAGCUGGGUGGAUAUAAUUGAGCGAGAUCUGGACCGACAGUUCCCCUUCCAUGAAAUGUUCCUGUCCAAAGACGGACACGGACAGCGGGGUUUGUUCCGGGUGUUGAAAGCCUACACUCAGUUCCAGCCAGAGGAGGGUUACUGUCAGGCCCAGGGCCCGGUGGCUGCCGUGCUUCUCAUGAACAUGCCUGCUGAGGAAGCAUUCUGGUGUUUAGUUCAGAUCAGUGAGCAGUACCUGCCUGGAUACUACAGCCCUUCGCUGGAGGGAGUCCUGUUCGAUGCAACCAUCCUGGCCUGGGUUCUGAAAAAGACAUGUCCAGCUGCACACAAACAUCUGCAGCAGCACGGCGUGGAGCCUCUCAUGUUCGCCACCGACUGGCUGAUGUGUCUAUUCACGCGUCACCUGCCCUUCAACACACUUAUACGAGUCUGGGACCUCUUUUUUUGCUAUGGUGUGCGGGUGCUGCUUCAGGUGGCGGUGGUGCUCGUCCGUCGGGUCCUGGGUCGGGCCGAGCAAAGGAAAGAGUGUGUGGGACAGAUGGAGACUUUGGAGAAGCUGAGGGGGGUAAAAGCCCAGGUCCAGGAUGAAGAGGACGCUUUCAUAGAUGAGGUGUGUUCAGUGCCGCUUUCGAGCAAAGACCUGGAGAAACGGAUAGAGAAGGAGCUGGAGAAGUGGAGGAAAGACAAACCCUCGUCCACCUUUGACCCCAGGGGUCGCUGCCACGGGUUUCGGAUGGCGUGGGCUCGGGCUCGGCAGAGGGAAGAAGAACGAGAGAGGAACCAGAGAGAAAAGGGGAACCUGUCCGUCCCUCUGGAGCGUUCCGCCUCCACUCUGUCGCUGUCGCCUUCCCUCCUUCACAAGAGGUGGAAGAAAGGAGGAAAAGUCAAUGCCGGCGACCUGGAGAGAGGCAACAAAAUCGUGAGGCAUCUUUCGAUGGGGGCAAAAGACGACUGGAGGAACUGGACUGAUCUAGAACUUAAGAAGGUGCAGGGCGUCCAGGAGGAAGAGGACGUCCAGGAGGGACACAAAACCAAGACAGAGUUCAAAGAAAAGGAAUCAGAGGAACGUUUAGAAGAACCCAAAGUUGAAAGUAUAAUAAUAACAGAGCACAAAGAAGAAACAAUAACAGUUAAACUGACUAAUAAACAAGACGAAAUCAAAUCCACAGAAGAAGAAAGCCAACCAGGAAGUAGAACAACUUUAGAACAAAAAGAGGAACGUCCAGACAACGAUCAGACUGCAGAAACCAUUUCACACCCCACAGAAGUUUCAUCUCCCAUCAUUCAAGAAACGCUGACAGAUGAAAACCAUCAAACAUCUGAGGAGACAGAGACAGGAGAAAACCAUCAAACAUCUGAGGAGACAGAGACUGGAGAAAACCAUCAAACAUCUGAGGAGACAGAGACUGGAGAAAACCAUCAAACAUCUGAGGAGACAGAGACAGAGACAGGAGAAAACCAUCAAACAUCUGAGGAGACAGAGACAGAGAUGGGAGAAAACCAUCACACAGCUCUGGAGGACAUCCAGACAGAAAAACAGGCAGAAAACAGGACGAACGCAGAGGCGGAGCUCCAAGGAAGCAAAGACUCAGGAGAAGAGACGAUCAAACAAGCUGACGUGAUACCAGAGGAGGAAACUGAAAACACACCUGAAGACCAGGCGGACACAGCUGCACAGGCCCCCGACACGGGAAGUGAGACCGAUCUGGACCAAGACCAGGAUCCUAAAACAGGCCCACGGCAGGAGCAAGAAGAAGUGAUCACAGAAACAAAGGUAGAGACGUUUGAUGAAAAACACCUCAGUGAUGAGUCAUCGGUAGAAACAACAGAAGAGUCCCACGAACAGGAGACAGAAACUCAGGGACCGGUAAAAAACGCAGCUGCACAGGACCGAGUGGAUGCAGGAACAACACGAGCAGACACCGCGACAGAAACAGAAACACCAACGUUGCCCGAGAACGUCCAACGGAGACAGGAAACGGAAACCAAAGGUGCAGAAAGUGACGUAGAAGGACUCAUAACAAACACGCCGGGCGAGACCCCUGAGCCAGACCUCAGAGAGACGGGCACCUGUGCUCCGACAGAGGAAACACAGACAGCAGCUCAGACGAGCGAGGGGGCCGCAGACCGUGUCGCUCCUGCGGGAACGAAGGAAAUUUUAAUGCAAAGUCCAGAGCUGAGUGAGGAGAGCUCGACGCCCGUAAACACCUCUGAAACGAGAGCCCCCGAACGACCAGAGAGUCCUUUCACUGCCGGAGGAGAGGAGGGAGAAGACACAGAGAAGGUUCAAGAAAACACAGCAGGAAAGGUUUUUGAACCGACGCUUACUGGCAGCAACAAACUAACCCAGGACAGAGACUCUCAGGCUGCUAAGGACCGGAGUCAAGCUCCUGGCCGUCGGAGCAGUUGUUCCUCCGGUGACGUCUGCAUCCGCAAGUCGUCCAGCUCCAAGUUAACCCGUAGGCUGUCUGAGGACCUCUUCACCUCGCCGGAGAAAACAACCGUGAUCAAAGAAGUGAAGACGAUCCAAGCCGCUCCGGACGAGACGCCGACGGAGACGCUGCAGCCCGACACGUCCAAACGCUUCGGCCUCCUCCGCAAGCUGAGAGGAGAGACGCCUCGGAAAGACAAGCAGAAGAAGCCCAAACUGCAGGUGCCCAAGAUCCUGAUCCAGGACUUCAGCUACGUGACGGAGCCGGAGAGGCCGACAGAGGACAGACAGGAGGGAAAACUGAGCUCCAGGGAGAGGAGGAGGAGGCGGAGGGAGCAGGAGAGGAAGGAGAAGGAGGGGGAGAGGUUGAAAAAGAAGAAGGAGAGGAGGAAACCGCAGACCAGAGGGAAAGGUUUCCAGCAGGAAGGGAAAAGCUGUGAGGAUGCGGCUCCUCCGGCAAAGACUGGAUCACAGACACUUAGAUUUUCUGCUUCUUAUGCUGAAUCUUACUUUUAAAUCAAACAAAAAGUCUAAAUUUUACUUCUUGAAGAGGCACUUGGUGGGUUUACAAUUUAAAGAUGUAAAUAAAUAAAAACAUUUUUUAACGUA